GUGUGGAAGUGAUCUGUGUAUAGGUGGGGAGGAUGGAAGUGGUAGUGGAUGAAGUCAUGAGAGGUUUUGACUGGGGAGAAAUGGUUGACAACUUUGUGACGGUGGGGGUUGUCGUCUUGUGCUGUAGGGUGACCGUGGUGGAGGUGGUGGUGGAUGAUGUGCUAGGGGGGGGGGCGAUGGAUGUGGACGGGGAGAGAAGUGGUGUGAAUGUAGUUUGGGGAGAGGUUGUUGUGAUGACCGCGAUGGCGGGGGUGUUCCCUUCGAUUGCAGUGACGUUGUUGGAGAUGGUAGAGAUGAAGGUCUUUAUAUCGGUGAUGGAGGUGUUUACGAGGGAGAUGGACGAUUGGAGGGAUUUCAUCAUUUGGAGUAGGGCCGCAAAGUCGGGUGCGGUGGGGGUUGCAGCUGGUUGGUCGUCUGCGAGAUUGCGGGCGAUGCUGUCAACGGAGUCGGUGCGAAUGGAGGACAUGUCAAUGCUGGAUUCCAUGGUGGGGGAGGAAGUGGCGGACGAGGUAGCAGCGGCAGCUGAGGUGGUAGUAACAGAUGAGGUGGAGGCAGCUGCAGCUGCAGCAGUGUUAGCAGCGGCGGCGUCGGCGGCGGCGGCCGCGCAUUGAGAGUUCCUGGUUGUGCGUGUCAUGCCCGGGGGUGUUCCUAUUUACAAGGGUAGAACAGCAUCAAUUCAAAGAAGAAUUUUACAAAACAAGAAUUCAAAUAAAUUAAUUUUAAUUAA